AUGGAAGUAGACUCUGGUGCUAAAGUUACAAUUAUUGAUAGUUUUACAUUUAAAGAACUGUUCCCUACUAAUCCUCCGAGAUUAGAAAAUUGUCCUUACAUAAUUAGAGAUUACAAUAAGAAUGCUGUCAAAAUUUUAGGACAAUGUGACGUUGACGUGCAUUAUUCAUCUUUCAAAGGAAAACUUCCAAUUUUAAUUGCUAAGGAGCCUAGAGAAAGCUUGCUAGGCACAAAUUGGUUUGAGCCAUUAGGAACAUGUUUAACUGGAGUUCAUAGGAUCAGUAACUUAACUCUGGACAGUGUGGUGGAAGAAUUUUCAGACGUUUUCAAAGAUGAGUUAGGGACUUACAAAGGUGCACCUAUAACACUCAAAUUAGAUCCAACCUUUCGUCCAAUCCAAUUAAAAGCUAGAACGGUGCCAUAUGCACUAAAACAAAAAAUCGAGAAGGAAUUGCAACGGUUGCAAGAACAAGGGGCAAUUGAGCCGGUGGAUUAUGCAGAAUGGACAACUCCUGUGGUCCCGAUUCUAAAAUCCAAUGGAGAAAUUCGACUUUGCGGUGAUUAUAAAUGCACAUUAAACAGAGCUUUGGGUCAAUACCCAUAUCCAGUUCCUGCUGUGAGUCAAGUGUUAGCUGAACUUGCAGGUAGUCGUUAUUUCAUCAAACUAGAUCUUUCGCAAGCUUACCUACAACUCACCGUUGAUGAAGACAGUGCUAUGGCCCAGACAAUAGUAACUCACAAGGGUGCAUUUAAAUGUAAACGCUUGCAAUUUGGAAUAUCUUCUGCUCCCGGAAUUUUUCAACAGUUCAUUGAAAGGCUGUUAUCGAGUAUUCCAGGCGUGCUGCCGUAUUUUGAUGAUGUUUUAAUAAAAGGAUCAACUAUGGAAGAACUGACAGAAAGAUUCAGGCAAGUUUUAAAGAAGUUUUCAGAAUCUGGCUUAAGACUCAACAAAGAAAUGUGCAUCAUCGGAGCUUCAAGUAUUCAAUAUUUAGGAUUUCACAUUGAUAAAGAUGGAAUUAAGCCAACCAAAGACAAGGUUGAUGCUAUUCGCAAUGCUCCAACUCCCAAGUCCAAGGAAGAACUUCAAGCAUUUUUAGGACUUUUAAACUUUUAUCAUGUGUUUUUGAAAAACAAGGCUGACAUAGCCGAACCACUUCAUCGUCUCUUAGACAAGGAUGCUCACUGGACGUGGACAAACACUCAUCAGUCUGCAUUCGAAAAGGUAAAGCGACUCUUGUCGGCGGAAACUCUACUUACUCAUUUUGACGAAAAGAAGCCCAUCAUUUUAACUUGUGACACAUCUCAGUUUGGAAUCGGAGCAGUGUUAAGUCAUCAACUAGAAGAUGGCACUGAAGCUCCAAUAGCAUAUUAUUCACGAACAAUGAAUAAAACAGAACAUCGAUAUGCACAAAUCGACAAAGAAGCAUUGGCUAUUAUUCAAGGUGUAAAGAAGUUCUAUAACUUCUUAUUUGGACAGAAAUUUGAAAUUCGCAGCGAUCACAAACCGUUGCUAGGACUUUUAGCUCCGAACAAACCUAUACCUUCAAUGCUCUCACCAAGAAUGCAGAGAUGGUCGAUCAUGUUAAGUUCAUAUGAUUACAAUUUAGUCUAUAAACCAGGAAAGGAAAUAACCAACGCUGACGGUCUAAGUCGCCUUCCACAGCCAAUGUCGCCCAAUGAAGAAAAUUCUCCAAUGGAAAUUUUGUUGUUGGAAGCUUUGAAGAAGCCGCUUUUGAAAUGUGCCGAUUUAGCUCGUCUUACAGCCCUAGAUCCCAUAUUAUCUCGAGUUCUCAACUGGACAUGGAGGGGAUGGCCCAAACAAAAUCCCGAUAAGGUAUUUGAACCGUUUUACACAAGAAAGUUAGAACUGUCUGUACACAAAGGUUGCUUGCUAUGGGGAGCAAGGGUAAUUAUUCCAAAAAAAGCUCAAGCUGACCUGUUGGGAAUAUUACAUAAUACUCAUCAGGGUAUUGUUAAAACUAAAGCUCUUGCUAGAAGCUAUGUCUGGUGGCCUGGCAUCGACAAAGAUGUAGAAAAGGUGGUCAACUCAUGUGAAACGUGUCAACAGACAAGAAAUGUACCUCCAAAAACGGUUAUUCCAUGGGAAAACACAAAGACUCCAUGGGCUCGAAUCCACAUCGACCAUGCGGGUCCAUUUCAAAAUUCGUUAUUUCUUAUUGUUGUUGACUCAUUUUCUAAGUGGUUGGAAGUAGUGCGGGUUCCUUCCACCGAGUCCGCCGCAACGAUAAAUGCAUUAAGAAAAUUAUUUGCUACUCACGGUAUACCCAAUAUACUAGUCUCGGAUAAUGGUCCAUCCUUCACUUCUGAAGCAUUUCAAGAUUUUUUGGUUAGGAAUGGUAUUAAAUUUGUUCCUACUGCACCGCAUCAUCCAUCUUCAAAUGGACAGGCGGAACGCAUGCUGCAGACGACUAAGAAUGCCUUAAAGAGAAUUAUUACAGGAAAUUGGGAAUACAGACUUGCAGCAUUCUUACUUUCUCAACACGCGACACCAAAUUCUACUACAGGCGUGUCUCCUGCAGAGCUGCUGAUGAAUCGAAGAUUAAAAACAUGUCUUGACAAAUUGCAUCCUGACUUAUCAGAAGCCAUUAACACUAAACAAGAACGGGACAACUUAAAUAAUCGCACAAGGGUAAAAAUGUUCGCUCCCUUAGAAGCUGUUUAUGCACUAGGAUUCCCUCCUCAUCGGAAGUGGGUUCCUGCUACAAUUACAGAAGUUCUUGGUAUGACUACAUACCUAGUACAAACGGAUGAGGGCAUGGUCUGGCGAAGACACGAUCAACUAAGGAGCCGGAUUGUUCCGACUUCUCAGUCCGAUAUUUCUGAUAAUUCCGAUGAAAUCUACUCGGAUAUUCUACAGAGAUCACCAGUGCGAGCUCAAUCUUCAGGUUCUUCUCAGGACUCUCCUACAUUGUCUGAUGAUUUGCCUUUAGUAGGUGACGUCGACAACGGCCCAGUUCAGUCUUCGACUAAUGAUGAUCCUGGCGCAGUGACUGUAAGCGGCCCCAGUCCUGGGCCACAGUCUCAGAGGCCUGUUAGGAACAGGCAUCCACCAGAAUGGUUUAAAGACUAUAAAACUUAG